AUGAACGGGAUCAACUUCCUACGCUGCUUGCCUCUGCUGGCCCACGUAUUCCACGAUUGGGCCUCUGCAAAACCUGGAAUGCUCGCAAAGUUCGAGAAGAUGGUAAUCAAGGGCGAUUCGAGUGCCUCUCAGUGUCACGAAAGUGAAGGAUUUCUUUCAAUGCUCACACAGAAAAAAAAAGAUCAAGAGGAAGAGCUACUGAAGACCUGGCUGGAGAGGAUUUACGAUCCAGAUUACGCCCAAUUGUUCCUGGUUGGUGACUUUGCCGCACUAGAUUUCAGCGAGCCGCCAGAAUUGUUUCGAAAGUGUGCUAAGCAUCACAUGAUGGAGCCAAUUAGGAAAAUGAUCAAGCAGUUCAACAUUGAUAAGAUAACGGCCGCGGAUCGGAUCAAAACUUAUGAAUUGUGCGAGUUGAUUGACGCAGCGAUAACAAGGAGGGGUUCAUUCUUUCUGAGUCAAGAUAAUUUUGGGCUGGCCAUGCUUGCAAUUUGUACAAAAGCCCUUGCCGAAGUUGCCAACGCCAAGCUACCUCACUCCGAUCGGAUCCUAAAUGAACUACAGGUCAAAUGGAAAUGGAUUCAGCCUGAAGAUUAUUCUAAUAGUUCCGAGAAGCCUGCUCAAGCUAGGAAAGUCGACAUCCUCUCUAAUGCCUUAGCAGACUUGUGCGGUUUCAAGUUUAAUGGCCAACGCUGA